AUGUGUCAUUUGAGAAUCAUCCAACUUAAUUUAGUGUUUAUCAUAAUAUUCAGUUUUUUGUGUGACAUCGAUGUGUCAAGUUCAAGGUUUCAGACACCUAAAACUUUUGACGAGGAAAAAGAGUGUGUUAUCAAUUCUGUUCUGAAAUCUACACUUUACAAGAACAAAUGGGCAUUACAGAUUUUUCGAGAAUGGCAAGACCAAAAAGUGCUCAAGAUUUGCACCAUUGAGCCAGGUGCACUGUUUAAAGGUGAAGACAUUGGUGUGGAUGUACAAGAGUUGACUGCAAGCAUUGAAAUCACGAAUGCCAAAAGUCUAAACUUUGAAAGGCUAUCCAAGUUCGUGCAACGGGUUGCAAAUAAGUCAGGUGGAUGA